GUAUUCAGUUGACCGGUAGCGAAUCAAACACGUGGCGUCGUGUACGGGCAAGCAUGCUGGAGUGCGAUUUCACUUUGACCUAGAAUCCCUGCAGUGGUUCAGUUGUAAACAUUUCCUUUUUUCAAAUGUGUUAACGAAUUGAUGGAUGUAAACAACGUUCUAUCUUAUUAAAAAUGGAGAAACAAAAAAUGUGCGAUGCUGAAAGUAAGAUUGAUACCACCACGAAAACCGCCAAUUUGUCAAGUGCACGACGUGAAUCGUUGUCGAUCAAAGCGUUGCAAGAUGAUGCAGUGCCAACCCGCCAACAAAGAACUGCAAUGCGGCCAUCUCACCACCUUGAUAUCGCUCCAGCACAGGUUACAGAUUCGCGGGAGGAACGAAAAGCCAACGGUAGAUUCAUAGCAGUUUGUGUGGCGUUAUUUCUUGUAUUCCUCGGGAUAUACCACGCGUGGCUUCGUCGAACAGCCGUUGCAGCAGGAGUCAUAGUUCCCGUGUUGAUCAUGCUUAUCUACGCUGCUUGGGUUUUGUAUUCCGCUAAGCGACACAAGCGAAAAAUGAUGAUGCUUCAAAACGCAGUUUCCUUGAAUUCUGUUAACGCAGUUGAUAAAGAUUCACUUUCCUCACACCUGGACAGUGCGCAGAAACCGAAAGAAAGUUUACAAAGCCCAUCAGCUCACAACAAUACACAAAAAACUGUUUCGGUCAAAUAUUCCAACAUCAAUGAAAUAGUGCCAAGUUCAACUCGUACUCAUUCGAAGGAUGUUAACAUUCGAAAGCACGAAUUUGAUAAGCAUCGCUCCACUGUAUCUAAUCAGCAUUUAUCGAGGGUUUUGCCGCGGCAACAAUCGGCACUUACACCAAUGAGCUUGAAGGAAGUUACUCAGCAGAGACGAUUAUCUCUAGAUCCACAUGCAGCUCGCAUGGUUGUGAAGAACGAGAUGGACAAAGAUAAACAUGGUAGCUUACGCAGUGUUGAUAAUGUCAGAGUUAAGAAACCGAAACAUAAUAAAGAAAAGGUAGCUUAUGUUAUUUGGUGAUCAUUAAAACAUUUGAAUGUUAAUGGAAGAAUAUUUAAUUAACAUGAAUAAAUUUUUA